CCUGUACUCUGAGAGUGCUUCGAGGUCGAGGGAACGUCUUUAACUGCUUAUCGUUAUCGCAGGCCGUUCUUAGCAGGGAGCCCCUCUCCGUCUCACUCUCAUUCCUCACUUCCAAUUUGUAUCUACCUCUCCUUUUACCUGCUGCUCCGGCCGCUGCCUCCUUCGUUUUUAAUUCCGAACCACCGUCCCACGUUUCUCUGUUAGCCACCGCCGCCAACAAUAUCGCUAUCGACGAGCUGAAGCUUUAUUAGGUUUUUAUUCUUUAGUUCUUUUCAGGGAGAUGCAGAGAUGAGUUAUUGGUCACCAGCAUCUGUUUUUAGUAAUCACCCCAUUCCGUUGUCUCCUGCAAGCACCAUAUCUUAUGUUACCAUCAUAAGUGGCACUGGUUUUAUGUGUAGUCGAAGCCAAGGAAGGUGCUAUCUCUCUGUUUCUGAUAACCAUUGUAAAAUCAGGAGACUCGGGAUUUCUGGGGUACUUAAAUCUAGACAAGGAUUGACAGAUUUUCAGGCGCAACAAGGAACUUGGGAAGAACCUGAUGAUGGUAGCGGCAGUGAGUAUGAUGAAGAAGAAGAUGAGCAAACAGAAGACGAGAACUAUGGCUUUGAAAGUGAUUGGGAAGAGGAAGAGAUAACGUCGUCAGCUGUUAAUGGUGUUAGUUCAGUGGACAACUGUGAGGAGGAUUUUAAAAAAGAGGUUGAACAGCUUUUAGAGCCUGAAGAAAGAGCAGUCUUGCAACAGAAUGUGACUCCAAACUUGGAAAAAAUUUCAACAGAAAAAUGGAGCCCAAUGCACACUCUAGCGCUAUCAACACAGAUAAAAUGUAUGGAUCAACUGCUUGAGAAUGGUGUUGGUAUUGAUCUUAAGAAUAAGGAAGGUCUCACUGCACUUCAUAUAGCUAUCAUAGGAAAGAAAGAAGCUGUAAUAAGCCAUCUUUUACGGAAAGGUGCAAGUCCUCAUGUCAAGGACAAGGAUGGUGCUACCCCUCUUCAUUAUGCAGUUCAAGUUGGUGCCAAGCAAACUGUAAAGUUAUUGAUCAAAUAUAAGGUUGACGUCAACGUUGCAGAUAAUGAAGGUUGGACUCCGUUGCACGUUGCUAUCCAAAGCAGAAAUAGAGAUAUUGCAAAAAUUUUGUUAGUCAAUGGUGCGGAUAAGACACGGAGAAACAAGGAUGGGAAAACAGCAUUGGAUCUAAGUUUAUGUUACGGGAAGGACUUCAAGUCUUAUGACCUUGGCAAAUUAUUGAAGGUAGUUCCAGCUGACACUGAUUUUUGAUCCGCAAGGAGAUUCAACCAAAGCAAAGAUUGAAGGUUCCGACGCAUAAUACAUCUGCUGCUAGUUAGUACUGUAAUAAUCUCUUUGUUCCUCCAUUUUUGGAGAUGAUUGUCCGAUAUUGACCAUGAAAGUUUUGAUGGGGCAGUCCAUUGUCUUAUAAAUUAGAGGUUGGUUGGUAAUUUUAAGGA